CUGUUCCUGUUACGCACACACCGGUGGUUGGCUGCAGACUGCCGGGCUGGUUAGCGGAUGGUGCUGGUGUCUUCUUAUUUCUGUGACUGUAAACACGACAAGAAUUUAUUUGUAUUUUGUGUCCAAACUGCAAAGCUUCACACGGUAAACCAUGGCCUCAACCUCCGACGCUACAACUUCAAGCUCCUCGCUUAACGGAGGGGCGAACAAGCAUCGAAAGGUGGCUCUCAUCACGGGCAUCACUGGACAGGAUGGAUCAUACCUGGCUGAGUUUCUCCUCCAGAAAGGUUAUAAAGUCCAUGGCAUCAUUCGCCGUUCCAGCUCCUUUAACACUGGCCGCAUUGAACAUCUCUACCAGAACCCCCAAACUCACACAGAAGGCAACAUGAAACUGCACUAUGGUGACCUAACAGACAGCACAUGCCUGGUGAAGAUCAUGAACCAGGUGAAGCCGACUGAAGUCUACAACCUAGGAGCACAGAGCCACGUCAAGGUAUCCUUUGAGUUGGCUGAGUACACAGCGAAUGUGGAUGGGGUCGGCACUCUUCGGCUUCUCGAUGCCAUCCAGACGUGUGGGCUGACCAACAGUGUGCGCUUCUACCAGGCCUCUACCAGUGAGCUGUACGGCAAAGUGCAGGAGAUCCCCCAGAAGGAGACCACUCCCUUCUACCCCCGAUCACCUUAUGGUGCUGCUAAGCUCUAUGCCUACUGGAUUGUGGUGAACUUCCGAGAAGCCUACAACAUGUUUGCUGUCAACGGUAUCCUCUUUAACCAUGAGAGCCCACGGAGAGGUUCAAAUUUUGUGACACGUAAGAUCAGUCGGUCCGUGGCAAAGAUCCACCUCGGCCAGCUGGAGAGCUUCCAUCUGGGGAACCUGGACUCCAAGAGGGACUGGGGCCACGCCAAGGACUAUGUGGAGGCCAUGUGGCUCAUGCUGCAGCAGGAGGAGCCGGAGGACCUCGUCAUUUCCACAGGGGAGGUGCACAGCGUCAGGGAGUUUGUGGAGCGGGCCUUCUCACAUGUGGGGAAGACAAUUGUGUGGGAGGGCAAAGAUGAGCAGGAGGUGGGUCGUUGCCAGGAGACCGGAGUGGUGCAUGUGAAAGUAGACCCCAAAUUCUUCCGUCCUGCUGAAGUGGACUUUCUUCAAGGGGACAGCUCCAAAGCGUAUCAGAAGUUCGGUUGGAAGCCACGGGUGACUUUUGAGGCUCUGGUGAAGGAGAUGGUGGAAGCAGACAUCGAGCUCAUGAGGAACAACCCCAACGCCUGAGCGCCAUCGGCACAACUGUACCAUGUGACACUCCACAGGUGACCUUUCACCCCCAGGACAGGGGCAAGAACAUUUUCCUUUUCCAAAUGAAGUAAAUCGUACGUGUCUUUUUUUUCCUUAUAACUCAAUGCAAUUGUUUGUUACCUUUGUGCCAUCUCCUAAUUUUUCGUGUCAAACUGAUUUUCCACAGAGCAUGUUUUAUCGAUAGAAUUGAUUGAAUGACUAUUUAUGUUUUGUUUAUUGUUGUUGUGGGUACUUUUUAUAGCCUUUGUGCAUUUCAUCAAGAGAGAAAAUAUGUAGUGUAAUCAUGCUACUGUAAAUUAAAUGAAGGUUUUGCAAAUGAGAAAAUUUGAUACAAUAAAAUGCCUUUUUUUAUCUAAA